GUCGAAGCAGGAGAUAAUAGGCUGCCUUUCGGAGUCGGGAUAUACCUUGGUUCGCAGCAACCUCUCAAUAUCGCGACGCACCUCCAGACAUUAUCCGUGAUACGGGUGGGGAAUAACUCGUCGUGUUAAGUCGCCGCUGGCCGCUGGCCGUACCGCGUCAAGCUCGGCUCCUCGAUGAACAUGCCUGGACCCUGUACUGCGACUUGUUUCGUCAUCUGCAAGUGGUUCGUUUGACAGAUUGAGGGCUGUGCACCUAUUGCCCCUCCUCAUUGUUCGAGCUAGAGGAGGAAGAUCUGCUGAAGCCUCGCAAUGGUCUUUGCACCGGCACUCCGCAAUCCACCUUGUGCUGUGGUUGGACAUUCAACCAACCACCGGGAGGGUAACAACCGUGACAGCAGGCCGUCGGACCAUUGGCACACGAUUCAGCGAUCCGCCAGGAAGGGACUAUUCCCGCGAGAUAUUCUCCACUGUGCCGGAAGACCCGUCCACCGUGACCAUAACAGUAUCGCGCACCGUAGUCCGGCCUUGCCCACGCCAUCGGCAUCGACGACAUCCAUCCGAGAUACGAAUAGCUCAGGGCACCUUGGAGCCUCGGAAUGCCGACAAAGCCAACAACAAUGCAGAAGAGCCCCUCGAGGCUCAGGGCCCAGCAGUGGCGGGGUCUGCAAGAAGACAAUCCGGACGCAGGUAGUCUCCACGCUUGUGGGGAGAGAGGAGCAUCGGGAACAUCAGGUCGUUCUGCGCCAGAAGCCCAGGGCCCUAGGCACGACAGGGCCAGGCAAAACCGGCCAUUGCCAAUGGUGGCUUUGUCUAUCUCCAGUUCGUAGCGGGGUCUGUAGCGAAGAUGCAAUCCAUCGGACGAGGGCCCUCGUCUGGUGUGCGAAUCUGCGAUAGCUCGUUUGGUUUUGUUGAGCCGAUUGAUGUUAGCAGCAUCUCAGUGCCUGUCCAGGCGUGAAGGCGACGUCGCAGCUACGAAUAGUCUGUUCUCGCCGUCAAGCAACUCACAUAUAGUACCACGCUAGCUGC